AUGAGCGCUGGAAUACUCCUCCAUUGGCUUUAAGGGGGCCCAAACUUGUCCGUCCAGAAAGUCAGUGAAGAAAAUGUUUAAAUAGUCCAUGCCACUACAGUGGCUCAACCGUACGUUUCUCAAGCGACGAUAAUACUUUUCGUGCGAAAAAAACAAACAAAAGAACGACUUUAUUCAACUAUUCAUUUUCUCUCUUGUAGGCCUCUGACGUUAGUUCACGAGUGCUCCGUGACGCAUGCGCGAGAACUAAACUGACGACGAUCUUCUUCUACUACUACUUGUUACUGGCUGCUCACUCCUUAGGAGUAUUACCGCCACCUAGUGUUCAAGAUGAAGUGCUGGCAUAGCCGGAAGCGCUAAACUUUGUUUACAAGCAGGUGAACGCGCGCGCGGUAUGUAAGCUAUUGAAUUCGACAUUGAUCGUGCUUUCGGUCUCGCUCUAAGUAAUUGUUCACAAUGGUUAGAAAGUGUGCAUUUCCUGGAUGUCCGAAUCGUGAAAAACUAACGAGUAAACGUAAAGGUGCCUUAACAUUGCCACAAAAUGAACGGCUUACCUUUCACCGUUUCCCAUCAAAUGAUCGUGAGCGACUGAAUCUAUGGCUGCUGGCUGUUCAACGGGAUGUUAAUUUACCGAUUAAUUCCGUCAAGCACAUGAAGUUGUGCAGUGAACAUUUCUCUCCAGACGACUUCAAAUCAGUUCAACAGAAAAGAUUACUGAAAUCAACAGCUGUGCCCAACUUGUUUAUACAGACCAACAAGGAAUCAAAGGAUCCAUCACAACUCAGUCAGGACCCCCAGUCAGCAGGUCCAAUGCUUACAGGUCUUCUUCCACAAGUAACUGAUCAAAGUGAAAACACAGUUACAGAGGAAAUAUUGUCAGCUGUAAAUUUAGCUGGUGUUCCUCAGUCAACCCCAGUUAAGCCAAAUAGAAUUAAUAGUUCUACGCAAGUACCUGACUCUCCAUUUCCAUCAACACUUCUGUUGGUGUUAUCAAGUCCUGAAAAAUCUAUACAGUGUUCAAAGCCAUCUACAUCAGGGACGUACUACGCCUUACCAGCAAUAAAAUCCUAUCAGUCAAAUGAACAAACAUAUGCUGAAAGUGAGAACAUCAAUGAAGACCUUAGUCUUGAUGUCAGCAUGCUUUCCCUGGAUCCUACAACAGAAAAGGACCUAAGUUUUGUUCCUCUAAGUUCGACCUCAACAUCAACUCCAACUACAGAAGAAGAAGAAGCAAAUUGUAGAUUCAAAGAUAAGAAAUGGAUCGUUAAUGAGUCCAGUUUGAUGGAGCUGUUUACCAGAUGUCAUCAUUGUGGAGCAUCAGUCACUGAAACUAAAAAAACAACUUGUGGAAGCCUCUUACGUGUUGCUUGGGAAUGUUCAAAUGGUCAUCAAGGAAAAUGGAACUCGUGUGAUGAAAUUAGAGGCAUGCCAGCUAACAACCUUCUUGUGGCAGCGUGUACACUUUUCACUGGGGCAACAUAUGUGGACAUUGAUGACUGGGCUUCAUUACUCAACCUCCAAAUACCAAAGAAAACCACCUUUUACGCUAUCCAGUCCUCUUAUUUAAUCCCGGUUGUAGACGUUAUGUACAAAGAACAACAGGAGAAAUUGCUGGAAGGCUUGCGGACACAAAACAUUCUGCAAAAAGGAGUUCAUUUGUCAGGAGAUGGGAGAAAUGACAGCCCUGGAUUCUCAGCAAAGUACUGUACAUACAGUAUAAUGGAUGGUUCAACUAAUCAGGUUGUUCACUACGAGUUGGUGCAGGUUACAGAAGCAGCAAGCUCUGUUGGCAUGGAGCCCAUAGGCUUUAAAAGAGGUCUAAACUCUCUUUUGGAAAUGGGAAUUGACAUUGACGUGAUGACUACGGACAGAUCCCCAUCUAUAAGAAAGAUCAUGAGGGUUGAUUAUCCACAAAUUCAUCAUGAGUUUGACAUCUGGCACGUAGUGAAGGGUUUCUUCAAGAAAUUACUAUCAGUUUCUAAAAAGAAAGAAAAUGUAGACCUUCAGCCAUGGAUUAAAAGCAUAUGCAACCAUUUGUGGUAUGCAUGUGCAUCCUGCAACGGUGACCCAGAGGUUUUGACAGAAAAGUGGAAAUCUCUGCUCCAUCACAUUUGCGGUGAACACAGGUGGGAAGAAAAUGGACGUCAACAAACGUGUGCCCACGAUGACCUCACCCAUGACCAGCAAAGGAGGAAACGAUGGCUACGAAAAGAGUCCACAGCCUUCCGCACACUAUCAACACUGGUUUUACAUCCCAAUCUGUUGAAGGACAUGAGGCAAAUGGCCCUCUUCAAGCACACAGGCAAGUUAAUGCUAAAACAAAUGGUUUAAAAUUCACAUGGAUAGGGAAAACCUAAAAAUUUAUUUUUUUUCUCAGGCAGUCUUGAGGUUUACCUUUCUGUUCUUCUGAAAUACUGCAGAAAGAACCUGCAUUUUCACUACUCCUCGAUGACAGCUCGUUCUCAACUUGCUGUCAUGGAUCACAAUGAAAAUGUAAACCGUCAACAGGCCACAACCAGCUCAGGCAAGUAAUCAACUUUCCAAAAGUGGGGUGCUGACAAUGCAAAAUGCACAAUUGAAUUAUACAUACACACUGACAGAGAGCAAA